UUUCAAAUAAAAGAUACAUCAUUUCGAGAAUGAAAAUCAUUCACAUCUAAGUUAGACUAUCGACAAGUCGAAUACUUUGGCAAGAGAAAAAAAAAACCAAAAACAAAAAUGAAGCUAAUCACUCAAAUUUGUACAUUUUCGUUGUUAAUAUUCGGUAGCAAAGCUGCAGUGGAUAGAAAUUGGUGGAAACACGCCACCAUGUACGAGGUGUUUCUGAAAUCGUUCAAGGAUAGCAACGGAGAUGGAAUCGGAGAUAUCAAAGGAGUGACUUCGAAAUUGGACUACUUCGUCGAUAUCGGAGUAGAUACCGUAUGGAUAACGCCAUAUUUCCCUUCUUCGGGAGCUGAUGGAGGCUACGACAUCACUGAUUUUUACGGAAUAGAUUCCACUUAUGGUACAAUGGAGGAUUUCGACGAGCUUCUGAGAGAAAUGAAACGUCGAGGUCUCAAUUUUAUCAUGGAUUUGGUGAUUAAUCACAGCAGCGAUGAGCACGAAUGGUUUCAAAAAUCUAUCAAGAAAAUCGAUCCUUACACUGAUUACUAUAUUUGGGUCGAUCCAAAAGGAUAUAAUCAAAAUGGCGAACCUAUACCACCGAAUAACUGGGUCAGCAUAUUCAAUUUCACCAGGCCUAGUUCGUGCUGGACUUGGAAUGAGCAAAGGAAACAAUAUUAUUUUCAUCAAUUUGGAAUCAAACAGCCUGAUUUCGACUUGCGUAAUGAAAAUGUCAAAAAAGAAGUUAAAGCACUAAUGAAAUUCUGGCUGGACAAAGGAGUAUCAGCUUUUCGAGUAGAUGCAACUCCCUUCUUCAUGGAAGACUCUUUACUACGCGACGACGUACAUAUAGAUGCUCUAGCCAGAUGGGCAGCCGGCACCGAAGAUGGAUUCAGUUAUCGACUCAAUCACCCAGAUAACAUCGGAUUUUUGAACGACCUGCAUUUAUUUCUACGCCAAUACGACCGAAAAAAUAAGAAAGAAACUCAAAGCGUAAUGAUGGCCGAAGCAUAUGGAACUAUCAAAGUAAUAAUGAGUUAUUACGGAACAGCGAAAAUGCCUGCAGCUCAUUUCCCUUUCAAUUUUCGAAUCACGACCCUCAAGAAGUAUUACGAUGCUCACGAGAUGGUCGACUACUUGAACGUAUGGUUGAAAAAUAUGCCCCAAGGAGCUGCAUUCAGCUGGGCUUUAGGAAACCACGAUCAAGGAAGAAUUUUCCAAAGAUUUAACAAAGAGUACAAUUAUAUUUUAUUAGCGUUGGUCACCAUGUUACCUGGUACGAGUCAAAUUUAUUUCGGAGAAGAAUUAGGCCAAGAGAUGUUUGAUUUUGCACCUCAGCGAGCCAAAGAUUUAUGGGUCGAAAGAGAUCAUUUCCGUAACCCGAUGCAAUGGGAAAAUACAUUGAAUGCAGGUUUUACAUCAGCUGCAGAACCUUGGAUACCACUACAUCCUGGGUACUGGAAUUUGAACGUCGAAGCUCAGAAAAAUCAACCAAGCAGUACCUUGAACUAUUUCAAAGAUUUGACCACGAUUCGAAAAACAGAUAUUUUCAAAUACGGAGAUUUAAAAUUACAAACAAUUUCCAAAUGGAUCAUGGCAUUUAGCAGAACUUACAACAAAUCUAAAUACAUAACUGUGUUAAAUUUGGGUAUGGAGAGCAGUAUAGUGGACUUACACGCCAACAUCCAAGAUAUUCCAUCAACGUUGACAAUAGCAGUUGCAAGUCCCAAUUCUGGGUUCACUAAAGGGGAAAAAUUAAGCAGUACACCAAAUUAUCCAAAUUUGCCUGUACUUAGACCACAUUCAGCUAUGGUACUCACUUACUGAUCAUUAAAUAAGGAGAAUCAAUUUUAUAAACUUUCAUUUUCAAGGAAAGGAAUCGAAUCGAGCCACCACAAGCAGAUCUGAUGGUUUUUAUUUCCGUUAAGCAUUGAGUAAAUGGUUCGUCAUUUAAGAAACAUACUUAUGUCUUCCAUUUUUUUUUUUUUUUUUUUUAAAUUAAUUUCAUGAUUCUCCACACAAAUUACUAUUGUAUAAGAAAUAAAAUAACUUACCGCAUUUUA